AUGAGCCCCCCUUCCCGCUCUGGCAUCUAUGUGAGCCGCGGGGUGGCCCUACUGUUGGCCGGGCUGACAAUCGCGCUCUUACUGGCACUGGUGGCUCUGGCUGCCCUGUAUGGCAACUGCACACUCGUCCAGCCUUCGGAGCAGCACAUUCCUGGGGUGAAGGACACCGCGUCAACCCCUCCCGGCGGCCAGGAGCAGGUGCGACCAACCCGGACACCAGAGGCUGCUAGUGAACCCGCGGUGGCCACCACUUCGCAAGACUGGCGACCCCCGUCAGGGCCCUGGAAUCAUUCGCGCCUGCCGCCCUGGCUUGUCCCGCUUCACUAUGAUCUGGAGCUGUGGCCAAGGCUAUGGCCAGAUAACCUGUCCUACACGGAGAGUGUGACCUUCACGGGUCGUGUGAACAUCACUGUACGCUGCACAGUGGCCACCUCGAUAUUGCUGCUGCACAGCUUCUUUCUGACUUACAAGCAAGCGGAAGUGUGGGGUCCCCUGGCCCUGGGCACUAGGAAUGCCACUGUAGGCCGCGUGCCAGUGGACAAGGUGUGGUUCGCGCUGGACACGCAAUACAUGGUGCUGGAACUGGGCCAGGUCUUGCAGCCGGGUAGCAGAUAUGAGCUGCACCUUGGCUUCUCUGGCCAAGUGCUUCAGUGCGUCUCAGAGGGGCUGUUCCUGAACCUCUACACCGACCAGGGCAAGCUCAGAGGCCUGAUUGCAACUCAAAUGGAACCAACAUUUGCCAGGACUGUCUUCCCCUGUUUUGAUGAGCCAGCUCUGAAGGCGACUUUCAAUAUUACAAUUAUUCAUCAUCCUGCCUAUAAGGCUCUUUCCAACAUGCCACAGCUAGGUCAGUCUGAAAGAAUCGGCGUGAAUGGGAGCAGAUGGACGGUCACUACCUUCCACACCACACCCCGCAUGCCAACUUACUUAGUCGCUCUUGCUAUAUGUGACUUCGACCACGUCAGCAGAACUGAGAGAGGCAAGGAGAUACGAAUCUGGGCCCGGAAAGACGCCAUUGCAAAUGGAAAUGUAGACUUUGCUAUGAACGCCACAGGUCCCAUCUUCUCAUUUCUGGAGGAUUUGUUUAAUAUCAGUUAUUCGCUUCCUAAAACAGAUAUAAUUGCCUUGCCUUAUUUUGACAACCGUGCCAUGGAAAACUGGGGGCUGUUGACAUUUGAUGAAGCAUCCUUGUUGCUGGAACCAGAUGAUGAACUGACAGAGAAAAGAGUCAGGCUCUUGGCUGUUAUCGCCCACGAGGUUGGGCACCAGUGGUUUGGGAACCUGGUGACCAUGAGCUGGUGGAACAACAUCUGGCUCAACGAGGGCCUUGCAUCUUAUUUUGAACUUGGAAUAAUUAACUACUUCUAUCCAAAACUUCCGAAGAAUGAGAUCUUUUUUUUUAACUUUUUAUAUGAUGUCCUCAGAGAAGAUCAUUUCCAGGAGUCUAGAGCUGUGUCCACUAAUGUGGAAAAUUUUACAGAAACAAAUGAAAUAAAAGAACUCUUCAACAUUUAUACUUACCACAAGGGAGCAUGUAUGGCCCGGAUGCUUGACAGUUUCCUGAGCCAGGACUUGUUUAUCAGUGCACUUCAGUCAUACUUGGAGACAUUUUCUUACGCAAAUGCUGAGCAAGACGAUCUAUGGAGACAUUUUCAAAUGGCCAUAGAUGAGCAGAAUAUAAUCCAGUUGCCGACAACGGUAAAGAACAUAAUGGAUAGCUGGACAUACCAGGGUGGCUUCCCAGUCAUCACGUUAAAUGUGUCUACGGGCGUCAUGAAACAGGAGCCAUUCUAUCUUGAAAAGACUGGAAAUCAAACUCUUGUAAGCCACAAUAACACAUGGAUUGUCCCAAUUUUUUGGAUGAAAACUGGAACCACACAACCUUUAGUCUGGCUAGACAGAAGCAGCAUGGUAUUCCCUGAGAUGCAACUUUCAGAUUCUGACAGUGACUGGCUGACUUUAAACUUCAACGCGACUGGAUAUUACAGAGUUAAUUAUGACGAGUUAGGUUGGAAGAAAUUAAAUCAACAGCUUGAAAAGGACCCUAAGGCCAUUCCUGCCAUUAAUAGGCUGCAGCUGGUGAGCGAUGCAUUUGCCUUGUCUAAAAACAAUUAUAUUGAAAUUGAGACAGCACUUGAUUUAACCAAGUACCUUGCUGAAGAAGAUGAAAUCCUAGUGUGGUUUGAAGUCUUGGUAAACUUGAUAAACAGGGAUGUUAUUUCUGAUGUGAACAACUAUGCUAUAUACCCAUUAUUGAAGAAGUAUUUACUAAAAAGAAUUAACUCAAUAUGGAAUACUUGUUCAACUUUAAUUCGAAGAAAUGUGGCAGCAUUACAAGAUGAUUAUUUAGCUCUAUUAUCAGUGGAAAAAGUUUUUGAAACUGCCUGUUGGUUGGGUCUUGAAGACUGUCUCCAGCUGUCCAAAGAGCUCUUCAAAAAAUGGAUGGCCGACCCAGAGAUUGGAAUACCUCAUCCAAUUCAAAGAGUGGCUCUAUGCAAUGGCAUUGCUUUGGGUAGUGUCAAGGAGUGGGACUUUCUGUUUAGUUUUUACGUCAAUAUAACUAAGGAAAAAGAAGAGAGAGGGAGCCGUCUCAUUCCUGCAAUGAGCUGCAGUAAAGAGCCCUGGAUACUUAACAGAUUCAUGGAGUAUGUCGUCACUGUGAAUCCAAAUCCUUUUAAUGAAACAAAUGUAAUAGAAGCUGUGGCAGCAUCUGAAGUUGGCCAGUACGUUGCCAAGGACUUUCUACUCAACAACUGGCCAGCUGUGAGUGAAAGGUAUGGACCAGAAUCAGUAGAUGCUCUGGUGUGGGUCAUAGGGAGGACUGUAAAUACAGACCUACAGAUUAUGGAGCUGCAGCGGUUCCUGGGAAACGUGUUGGAGGAGCACCAGAAGAUUGCGGCGCACGCCAAAUUACAGGCAAUAAAGACGGAGAAUCUGAAAAACAAGAAGAGAAUUGCCAGGAUGGCUGAGUGGCUUCGGAAAAACACAUAA